AUGGUGCUCGCCACGCUCGUUUUACUCUUCACAUUAUUCCUCUCGUUACCCGUUCUAGGGUUCCCUGUCUACGUGAGAACUCCUUACUCGUUCAAGGAGACAAGCCCAAGCGUCAAUGGAGACGAUGAGUUGAAAAGCUUGCGUGACUUGGUGGUGUCGAGGGAAAACAAGCAGAUCUUCACCAACCUCUUGUUUGCUGAUAACGCCUACUACGAUAAGUCCACGCACACCUUGGGCACUUUGGACUGGGUGCCUCACCACCAAUACCAGAGACAGCCGUAUGUUGCCAACGGGUACUUGGGCAGCAGGAUCCCCAAUUUGGGCCAGGGUUUUGCUUACGAUACGUUGAGCAAUGGAACCUUUGUCGGUGUCGAUACCCCUGAUGCGGAGCUCCCCUCUGACCUUCUGAAUGGAUGGCCCUUGUUCAACCGGCGCUACGCUGGUGCAUUUGUGGCUGGUUUUUACGAUCUUCAGAAGAACACCACUAUGACUAAUUUUCCCUGGCUCUUGCAGGACGGGUACGAGAGUGUAGUUGCCGCUGUUCCGCAGUGGACUUCGCUCGCUUUGUCUGCUGAGAAGAACUCCAAAAAAUACAAGUUGGAUCCUUCCGGAACCCCCGACUCUUUUGGCAGGAUUUCCAAUUAUGCCCAGAAUUUGUCUAUGACUGAUGGUGUGGUUACUACGUCGUUCACUUGGCUAGACUCAUUCAAGGUAACUUACAAGGUGCUUGCUCACCGUGACAAGAUUAACUUAGGUUUAGUGCAUUUGGAGGUUGAGAAUGUUGGGAUCAGUAAUGCUACUCUUGCUGUUCAUGAUUUGUUGGACUUUUCUUCAGCUCAAAGGGCUCGCUUCAAUGCCACCUCGGUGGACAAGGACAACAAGGGUAUCUACAUGUUGUACUCUCCAAACGAUAUCGACUACGUUUUCGGUGCUACGUAUUCAUCUCUUCGCUAUGGCUCCUCUGAUGGCUCCUCUGAGGAAUCUGCUGAUGCCCGUUGUGUCGGUGCUGAAUUUACAACAAGCGAGAUUUCCCUGGGACAGACCUUGACUUUUGAGAUGCCCACUGGUUCUUCUCUCAAGGUGUCGAAGCAUGUUGGAAUUGUCACGUCAGACUUGGACCCUGAACAUUACACGUCUUUCCAUCUGGUAUUGGAAAAGGCAAGAUCUGUGUCUCUUGAGGACGAGGAUUUCACCUCGCUAGCUGAAAGCCACGCUAAUUCAUGGGAUGCUGUCGUCAACCAAGGUCUCAAAGUGGAGUUCCCUGAUAACCCGCUUUUGACUCUCGCAGCUAGAGCUUCCAUCUAUCAUCUAAAUGCAAACACGAGGUCUGAUGCUACAGGUCUCACUGCUGCCAUGAGCGUCACUGGUCUUUCUUCCGACUCUUACGGAGGCAUGGUCUUCUGGGAUACCGACCUCUGGAUGAUGAAUGGAUUGCUUCCUUUUAGCCCAUCUCAUGCUCGCCUGUUCGUAAACUAUCGUCUUCACACUCAUGAACAGGCACGAAAGAAUCUUGAAAGUGACUAUGCACCAAAGAAAGAUAUGAAUGGUGCCGCAUACCCUUGGACCAGUGGUAGAUUUGGUAACUGCACAAGCACUGGCCCUUGCUUCGAUUAUGAAUAUCAUAUCAAUAUGGCUGUUGCUAUUGCUGCUUGGGAAUUGUACAAAAGCGGUGCUGUCGAUGAUCACUUCUUGGAACACCUGGCAUACCCUUUGAUUGACGAUGCUGCUGCUUUCUUUGCUGAUUACGUGCAAUACAAUGAAACCUUACAUGCGUACUCUACUCAUAAUUUGACUGAUCCUGAUGAGUUCGCCAAUCAUGUGGAUAAUGGCGCUUAUACCAAUGCUGCUAUAUCUGCUACCAUGAAAUGGGCUGCUGCUGUGAGUGAACACCUUGGAAAACCUGUGCCAAAAGCUUACAAAGACAUCAUGGAUAACAUGCAUCUUCCUCGCUCUAUUGAUGACCCAGACAUAAUUCUUGAGUUCACUGGUAUGAACUCAUCUAUCGGCAUUAAACAGGCUGAUGUUGUUAUGAUCACUUAUCCCUUAGAAAACGAGAUGAUCACCCACCAGCUGGCAAAGGCAAGCAUGGAGUAUGCAUCAAUGAAGCAAGUCAGCUUUGGUCCCGCUAUGACAUUCCCAAUCUUCUCUAUUGUGUCUUCUGCCUUGCUGGAGAAAGGCUGUUCAUCAGACACUUACUUGGUGAAGGCUAUACAGCCAUUUUUGAGAGGACCUUUUGCUCAAUUCUCGGAACAAAAUAAUGACGACUACUUGACUAAUGGUGGUACUCAUCCUGCUUUUCCCUUUAUGACAGCUCACGGAGGUUUUCUUCAAGCAAUCCUUCAGGGAAUUCUUGGCUUGAGAUUCGCUCAUAAAAUGGACAACGGAAAGAUUGUUCGUUAUCUCAAGUUAGAUCCAAUUAAACUCAAGACAUUUCCGCAAGGUGUUCAUUUCGAUGGUGUUCAUUACUUGAAUCAAACAUUGUCUUUUAACUUGACAUCUUCGGGAUUGGUCGUUAAGCACAAUGGCCCUACCCAGGGCCUGGUGCCUCAUAAGGUCCUAAUUGAAGUGAGUGACCGCAAUCCUAAAGCUGGAUCCUACACUUUAAUGCCAGGAACUGAUGUUCAGUUACAGUUGUACGAGACCGAGUUUUCAUAUGAGGACAGUCUUUCAGAAUGUGGCCGUGCGUUAUUCACGAAUAUCACUGAGUGUGCUCCAGGUGACUCACCAAUUCUUGCUAAUGAUGGGGAUAAUACUACACAUUGGCAAGCAAAGUCGUCAGAGAAAAGUAAGGUCUUGAUAGAAUUCACUGAGCCGACUCAAUUUCAAAACUGCACAAUCAACUGGGGUGACAGACCUCCAAAACGGGUUUAUCUUUCUGCUGCUGCCCAAGAUUUGAGUUCUGAGUACACCAAUUUGCAGGAGACUAUAGACUUCUUGAGCAACGUUGAUUUUGGAACACAGUUACCAAAGAGAUAUCAGUUCAAUAAUCCAUCAGGCAAACUUUACAAGCAGAAAGACAUCUUUGCAACUGUUGCUUCAAAGGACGUUGGUAUCAACGAGCCAUUCAGUCCAGAGGAACAAUCGCUUAUUGUGUUACCUACCAGGCAUAAUACUACCGAAAUUGUCCUUGACUCGCCUAUAAAAACCCGAUUUGCAUUGAUUGAGUUCGAAGGUCUUCAUGACAAGAUUGAUAAAAAUGAUGAAGAGUCUCAAAAAGGCGCUAAGAUCUUUGAACUCAAUUUCUUUUAA